CGAUAUUAUUUCUUAAUCUUGUGGAUUGUGAAGUAGUGGUGGUGUUCUUUGUCUCGUUGAUUUAAAUGAGGGAGCAUAGGAUUUGAUUCAAGAAGCAAACUCUUCUUGGUGUAACAGUUGAAUCUUAAAUGAAAUUUUCUCUUCUGUCAUCAUCAAUGGUCCAACCUGUAAUUCUCUAAUUCAUCACUCUCUCUAUCUCUUUCUUCUUUCAUACCAAAUCUUGAAAACAAAACAAAACAGAGCAAUCUUUCUCUCUCUUUAUCUCUCUAUCUCUCUGUUCUGAGAGCUUCCAUGUCUGAAACCAACAACAACAAAGCUUGAGUCUUCCUGUUCCUUUUCCUUUUCUCUCUCACACUUAUGAAAUUUUCUCGGGAAAAUAUGAAAUGGGUUUUUCCAGAAAUCAAAACAAGUCAGAAUUUCCUCUCUCCUUCAUCACUUCCACGACCACCACCACAAGAACCACCGUUAUCUCUCCGAUCCAACAACGCAAACUUCGAUCUAAACAGCAAAAUCAGUCCAAGUAUUCUUCUCAUAAUCAUAAUCCUCUCAAUCAUCUUCUUCAUCUCUGGUCUUCUUCAUCUCUUAGUCAGAUUCCUUCUCACACCAUCAAGCAGAGACAGAGAAGAUUACUUCGACAACGUCACUGCUCUUCAAGGCCAGCUUCAACAGCUUUUUCAUCUCCAUGAUUCUGGAGUUGACCAAUCCUUCAUCGACACGUUACCUGUUUUCCAUUACAAGUCCAUAAUCGGUCUCAAGAACUAUCCUUUUGAUUGUGCUGUUUGUCUUUGUGAGUUCGAAACAGAGGACAAGCUCAGGCUUUUACCUAAAUGCAGCCACGCCUUUCACAUGGAUUGUAUCGAUACUUGGCUUCUCUCUCACUCAACUUGUCCUUUGUGUAGAUCUAGUCUCCUCUCUGAUCUCUCUUCUCACCAAGAUCCUCGUUCUUCUUUCCUCCUUGUUCUUGAGUCUGCGAGUGAUCAUAGCUCCAGAGAGAUUGGAGGAGAUAGAGACAGUGCAGCUUGUGUGGCUGCAAAUGAUGAUAAUGAUGUGUCUAAUGCUCAUUCACAUUCCAAUUCUCAUCUUGGUUUUGUCGGAAACAAUGACCUUGGAUCACACCGGUUAGAUUCGGGUCAAGGAGAUCAAUACCCGGAUGGUGAAUUGGGUGGUUCGGUUGGAAAGGUUGUUCCUUUUGCAGUUAAGCUUGGGAAAUUUAGGAAUAUAGAUAUUGGUGAAGGAACUAGUAGCAACAACAACAUUGGUAAUAGUAGUAGUUUAGAUGAAAGGAGGUGUUUUUCAAUGGGAUCAUAUGAGUAUAUAAUGGAUGAAGAAACGGCUCUUAAAGUUCAUGUUUCAACUAAGAAACAAUCAAGCAAGAACCGUGGCUUGCCCGGUCAUAGGACCGCGAUGUCCGAAUGCGGGUUUGAUCCAACAGGGAGAUUGAAAUUCAAUGGGAGCGGAUCGAUGAGGAUCGCGGAAGAAGCGACCGAAAAGAAUGUAGUAGAAAGAGAGAGCUUUUCGGUAUCGAAAAUUUGGCUAAGGGGGAAGAAGGAGAAGCAUAGUAAAGUUCAAGGAAAAGAAGAUAGUUCAUUGGUUUCGUCGUCUUCGGGAAGAGCAUUCUCUUUCAGGUUACCGAACCAGCGUAAUCCUCCCGAUACGAAGAAUGAGAGUGGCUGCGAAGAAGAGAAUCAAAAGUGCGAAAACUCGGAAUCUUUGGAGACUAAAACACCAUCUUUUGCUAGGAGGACUAUGCUUUGGCUUGCAGGGAGACAAAACAAGGUUGUUCAUUCUUCUUCUUCAACUAAUGUCUAGUUUCUCUAUUUUUCCUUUUCAAAUUUAGUUUUCUUUUCAGUUGUUCUUUGUGUUAGUCCUCAUAAGUGCAAAAGGAUGAAUCAUUGUAGAAAUGUGGUGUUGAGAUACAUAUAUUUUUAGACAUAGAUUGAGAACAUUUGGUGCGUCUUUGUAUUUUUUGGCAAAUCUUUUUCAGUUCUUAAAUAUUACACCCAACAA